AUGGCCCCCUCAACAAACGGCACUGCCGUCAAUGGCAACCGGACAGUGCCUGUCUCAAAUGGCAAGCCCACCUACGCCGAAAAGCACAAGCUGCCGGAGCAUUUUAUCGGUGGUAACAAACUAGAAAAUGCUCCUCCCUCCAAAGUAAAGGACUUUGUCGCAGCACACGACGGACACACCGUAAUCACAAACAUUUUAAUCGCCAACAACGGUAUUGCUGCCGUCAAGGAAAUCCGAUCAGUACGAAAAUGGGCGUACGAAACAUUCGGCGACGAGAGGGCCAUCCAAUUCACAGUGAUGGCAACACCAGAAGAUCUUGCGGCCAACGCGGAUUACAUCCGAAUGGCUGACCACUACGUGGAAGUUCCUGGUGGCACAAAUAACCACAACUACGCGAACGUGGAGUUAAUUGUGGACGUUGCUGAACGGAUGAACGUCCACGCUGUGUGGGCCGGAUGGGGUCACGCUUCCGAAAACCCUAAACUUCCCGAGUCUCUCGCGGCGUCGCCGAAGAAGAUCGUCUUCAUUGGUCCCCCGGGAUCUGCGAUGCGCUCUCUUGGUGACAAGAUCUCUUCUACUAUUGUCGCACAACACGCCCGAGUACCGUGUAUCCCGUGGUCCGGUACUGGUGUCGACCAGGUUCAGGUGGACGGCAAGGGAAUCGUCACAGUCGCGGACGACGUAUACAUGAAGGGAUGCGUUAACUCCUGGGAAGAGGGUCUAGAAAAGGCCAAGGAGAUCGGAUUCCCUGUCAUGAUUAAGGCUUCCGAAGGUGGUGGUGGUAAGGGUAUCCGAAAAGCUAUGUCUGAGGAGGGUUUCGAGCAAUUAUAUAAAGCCGCUGCGAACGAAAUUCCCGGCUCGCCCAUCUUCAUCAUGAAGUUGGCGGGCAAUGCCCGACAUUUGGAAGUACAAUUACUUGCUGAUCAGUACGGUAACAAUGUUUCGCUUUUUGGCAGAGAUUGUUCCGUUCAGCGAAGACACCAAAAGAUUAUUGAGGAGGCUCCCGUCACAAUUGCUAAGUCGCCGACAUUCAAGGGCAUGGAAGAGGCUGCCGUUCGUCUCGGACGUCUUGUGGGUUACGUUUCCGCUGGUACGGUUGAAUAUCUGUAUUCGCACGAAGACGACAAGUUUUACUUCUUGGAGUUGAACCCUCGUCUGCAGGUCGAGCAUCCUACCACGGAAAUGGUUAGCGGUGUUAACCUGCCGGUUGCCCAAUUACAAGUUGCUAUGGGUAUUCCCCUUCACCGAAUUAGCGACAUUCGGUUGCUCUACGGUGUUGACCCUAAGCUGGCCACCGAGAUCGACUUCGAAUUCAAGAACUCUGAGAGCGACAAGACUCAGCGACGACCGCAGCCCCGUGGUCACUGCACAGCUUGCCGAAUCACAUCAGAAGACCCUGGUGAGGGUUUCAAGCCUUCUAACGGUGUGAUGCACGACUUGAACUUCAGGAGUAGCGCAAAUGUCUGGGGUUACUUCUCAGUCAGUACCGCUUCCAGUAUCCACAGUUUCUCGGACAGUCAAUUUGGUCACAUCUUCGCGUACGGAGAAAGCCGAGCUGCCUCUCGGAAAAACAUGGUCGUUGCAUUGAAAGAAUUGAGCAUCCGUGGUGACUUUAGAACCACCGUUGAGUACCUGAUUAAGCUUCUUGAGACGGAAGCUUUUGAAGAGAACACCAUCACAACUGGUUGGCUUGACGAGCUCAUUUCUAACAAGCUGACCGCCGAGCGCCCGGAUCCUAUGCUCGCGGUUGUUUGUGGUGCUACCACCAAGGCCCAUAUUGCCAGCGAGGGUGUCAUUGCUGAAUACCGCUCUGGUCUGGAGAGGGGUCAAGUCCCUUCUAAGGACAUCCUGAAGACGGUGUUCCCGAUCGAUUUCAUUUAUGAAGGCCAUCGGUACAAAUUCACUGCCACCCGUGCAGCUAUCGACAGCUACCAUCUCUUCAUCAACGGCUCAAAAGUUUCGGUUGGCGUUCGUGCGUUGAGUGACGGUGGUUUGCUCAUUCUUCUAGACGGCCGAAGCCACAGCGUCUACUGGAAGGAGGAAGUUGGUGCCACUCGUGUCUCUGUUGAUAGCAAGACGUGCCUCCUAGAGCAGGAGAACGACCCCACUCAACUGCGCACGCCCAGUCCUGGUAAGCUUGUCAAGUACACCGUUGAGAACGGCGAACACGUCAGAGCCGGCCAAACAUUUGCGGAGGUCGAAGUCAUGAAGAUGUUCAUGCCUUUGGUAGCCCAGGAGGAUGGUAUUGUGCAGUUGAUUAAGCAGCCUGGCGUCACCAUUGAGGCUGGUGAUAUUCUUGGCAUACUCGCCCUCGAUGACCCGUCCCGUGUCAAGCAAGCCCAAGCCUUCCUUGGGCAGCUCCCCGAAUUUGGACCUCCUCAAGUUACGGGUAACAAGCCUGCGCAGAGAUUCGACUUGUCAUUAAAUAUCCUUAAGAACAUUCUCUUAGGAUACGACAAUUCCGUUAUCAUGCAACAGACCUUGAAGGAGAUAGUCGAAGUCCUGCGAAACCCCGAACUUCCAUUCAGCGAAUGGGCAGCUCACCACGCUGCUCUCCAUUCUAGAAUGCCUCAUAAGCUGGACACCCAACUGACACAGGUGGUAGACCGAGCUAAAGCUCGAUCUUCUGAAUUCCCUGCCAAGACAUUGUCAAGAACAGUCACGAAAUUCCUCGACGAUAAUACUACUCCCAGCGAAGCUGACGCUCUGCGAGCAACGAUUGCGCCUCUGCUCGAAGUUCUCGACAACUACGCCGACGGCCAGAAGGUUCACGAGCUAAAUGUCAUCGGAAGUCUACUACAAAUGUACGCUGACAUUGAGGGCCGCUUCUCGGGCCGUCGUAGCCAGGACGAGGAGGUAAUCCUCAAGCUUCGUGAAGAGAACAGGGAGGACAUCCUUAAGGUUAUCCAGGUUGUCUUGUCUCACAGCCGAGUCGGCUCGAAGAACCACCUAAUCCUUGCUCUUCUGGAAGAGUACCGCCCCAACAAGCCCAACGUCGGCAAUGUUGCCAAGUACCUGAGGCCGGUUUUGCGGAAGCUAACAGAAUUGGAGUCGCGUCAGACGGCUAAGGUGUCUCUGAAGGCUCGAGAAAUUCUGAUUCAGUGCGCAUUGCCGUCUCUAGAGGAGCGAACAGCUCAGAUGGAACAUAUCUUGCGCUCUUCCGUUGUCGAAAACAAGUACGGCGAGACUGGCUGGGAGCACAGAGAGCCUAACCUUGAUGUCAUCAAGGAGGUUGUCGAUUCUAAGUACACUGUCAUCGACGUGUUGUCAACCUUCUUUGCGCACGAAGACCCUUGGGUUAACGCCGCUGCUCUCGAGGUAUAUGUCCGCCGAGCCUAUCGUGCAUACGACUUCAAGAAGGUUGAGUACCACGACGACGAGACUGAUUCGGUUCCUCUGUUCCUCUCUUGGGACUUCUCUUUCCGCAAGGUUGGGCAGACUGAAUUCUCCCUUCCCCUCCAGUCCGGCAACCCUUCCGUUCCUGGUACUCCCACACCGGAAGCCAGCGGCUUUAACCGGAUCAGCUCCGUUAGUGACAUGUCUUAUCUAAACCGCCGCACUGAAGAGGAGCCUACCCGCCGUGGUGUCGUUGUUCCUUGCCGAUACCUAGACGACGCCGACGAAAUGCUCCAGAAGGCCCUGGAAGUACUACCGACUAAGAAGCGCUCUGGACUUAUCCCUGACCUUAGCGGGAAGCGUAAAUCGUUUGUUCCCAAGCACAUCGAGGAUGAGUUGACCAACAUUAUCAGCGUGGUCGUCCGUGACGUAGAGUCCUACGAUGACCAAAACAUCCUCGAGCGUAUUGGUAGCAUAAUCGACCCAUUGAAGCAUGAGCUCGUCAACCACCGGGUCCGUCGUGUUACCUUCGUUUGUGGUCACAACGAUGGUGCCUACCCCGGAUAUUACACUUUCCGUGCGCCUGACUUCAUUGAAGACAGCAGUAUCCGUCACGUUGAGCCCGCCUUGGCCUUCCAGCUGGAACUUGCCCGUCUUGCCAAAUUCAAGAUCUCCCCGGUCUUCACGGAGAACAAGAACAUCCACGUUUACGAGGCUGUUGGCAAAGGUGUUGACACCGACAAGCGUUACUUCACACGCGCCGUCAUCCGACCCGGUCGCCUACGGGAUGACAUCCCAACUGCGGAGUAUCUUGUCUCUGAGGCUGACCGUGUAAUCAACGACAUCUUCGAUGCUCUCGAGAUCAUUGGAAACAAUAACUCGGAUUUGAACCACAUGUUCCUCAACUUCACCCCGGUCUUCCAGCUGAAGCCCCAAGAAGUCGAGCAGUCUCUCCAGGGAUUUUUGGACCGAUUCGGUCCUCGUGCUUGGCGACUACGUGUCUCACAAGUUGAGAUCCGUAUCAUCUGCACGGACGCGGCCACCGGGAUGCCAUACCCUCUACGUGUUAUCAUCACCAACACCUCCGGAUAUGUUAUCCAGGUUGAGAUCUACGUAGAAAGGAAAUCCGAAAAGGGUGAGAUGGUGUUCUACUCGAUCGGUGGUACCACCAAGAUCGGAUCGAUGCACCUGUUACCCGUCUGCUCGCCGUACCCUACCAAGAACUGGCUGCAGCCCAAGCGUUACAAGGCCCACUUAAUGGGUACUCAGUACGUGUACGAUUUCCCCGAGCUCUUCCGCCAGGCUGUGGAGAAUACCUGGACGAGAGUUACCAAAGCGCACCCGUCCUUAUCCGAUAAGAAGCCUGCUCAGGGCGAAUGCAUUGAUUACAGCGAACUCGUCCUCGAUGACCGUGAUAGGUUGAUUGAAGUUUCCCGUGAGCCUGGUACUAACACGUGCGGUAUGGUCGGAUGGGUCAUCAAUGCUCGCACACCUGAAUACCCUUCGGGACGUAAGUUCAUCAUUGUCGCCAACGACAUCACCUACAAGAUUGGUUCCUUCGGUCCUAAGGAGGACCACUUCUUCAACAAGUGCACGGAAUUGGCUCGUAGCAUGGGUAUCCCUCGUAUCUACCUCUCAGCCAACUCUGGUGCUCGACUUGGUCUUGCCGAGGAGCUGAUCCCGCACUUCAAGGUCGCUUGGAAUGACCCCGAGAGGCAAGAGUCUGGCUUCAAGUACAUUUACUUGGAUGCGGAAACCAAGAAACGAUUCGAGGACGGUGCCAAGCGCGAUGUUAUCACCGAGGAGAUUACCGAAAACGGUGAGACGCGCCACAAGAUUGUCGCCAUUGUUGGUGCCGAAGACGGCCUUGGUGUUGAAUGCUUGAGGGGUUCUGGUCUUAUCGCUGGUGCCACCAGCCGAGCCUAUAAUGACAUCUUCACUGUUACGCUCAUUACGUGUCGAUCUAUCGGUAUUGGUGCCUACCUUGUCCGACUUGGCCAACGUGCCGUCCAGAUUGAGGGUCAACCUAUCAUCCUUACUGGUGCCCAGGCUCUUAACAACCUUCUUGGUCGUGAAGUGUACACCUCUAACCUCCAGCUUGGUGGUACCCAGAUCAUGUACCGCAAUGGUGUGUCCCACUUGACUGCUAACGAUGAUUUUGCCGGUGUCUCCAAGAUCGUUGAGUGGCUUUCUUUCGUCCCCGCUCAACGUAACUUGCCCGUACCUAUUUCACCUAGCCUCGACACCUGGGAUCGUGAGGUCAUCUACACGCCGCCCAACAAGCAGCCUCACGAUGUUAGAUGGCUCAUUGGUGGUAAGCAGGAUGAGGACGGCUUCCAGUCUGGUCUCUUCGACAAGGACUCUUUCGUCGAGACUCUCGGUGGUUGGGCCCGUACCGUUGUCGUUGGUCGUGCUCGUCUUGGUGGUAUCCCAAUGGGUGUCAUCGCCGUCGAGACUCGCACUGUUGAGAACAUUACUCCUGCUGACCCCGCCAACCCUGACUCCGUUGAGCAAGUCUCCAACGAAGCCGGUGGUGUUUGGUACCCCAACUCUGCGUUCAAGACCGCCCAAGCCAUCAACGACUUCAACUAUGGUGAGCAGCUUCCUCUAAUGAUCCUUGCGAACUGGCGAGGUUUCUCUGGUGGUCAACGAGAUAUGUACAACGAAGUAUUGAAGUACGGUUCAUACAUCGUUGAUGCCCUCGUCAAGUUCGAGCAGCCCAUCUUCGUAUAUAUCCCACCUUUCGGCGAGCUCCGUGGUGGUUCAUGGGUCGUGGUCGACCCGACCAUCAAUCCCACUGCUAUGGAAAUGUACGCCGAUGCUGAGGCCCGUGCCGGUGUCCUAGAACCGGAGGGUAUCAUCGGUAUCAAGUACAGGAAGGAGAAGCAAUUAGAGACCAUGGCUCGCCUAGACCCUGUUUACGCCUCGCUCAAGAAACAAUUUGUCGACACCAACCUGUCCAAGGAGGAGCAUGCAGAGGUCAAGGAGAGAAUGGUGGAACGCGAGAAGCAAUUGUUGCCAAUCUACGCGCAAAUCAGCAUACAGUUCGCCGACUUGCACGACCGCGCUGGUCGUAUGAAGGCCAAGGGCACCAUCCGUGAAAUUCUAGAGUGGAAGGAUACUCGUCGCUUCUUCUACUGGCGUGUGCGCAGACGUCUCAACGAAGAGCACAUCCUCAAGCGCAUGGCUGCUGCUACGGCCUCGCCCAAGACUACCGACACGACCAGCACCGCCGCAGCCGCAGAACACCGCCAGCACCAUCUCCGCCUACUUGCCGCUUGGUCUGGUGUCGUUAACUUUGACCGUAGCGAUAAGGAGGUAGUAACCUGGUACGAGGAGAACGCGAAGACAAUUGAAGCCAAGAUUGAGCAAAUCAGGUCCGACGCCGUUUCGCGCGAACUAUCUGAUCUCCUAAGAGCAGAUAAGUCCUCAACCCUUAAGGGUCUAAAGGAUAUGCUGCACAUGAUGCCCGUUGGCGAACGGGAAGAGAUCCUUAAAUACCUAAAAUAG